AUGAUGGAACUCCAACCCGUCUACUGCGUCUGCGGUAUCGACACGACACUCCGCUGGCGCAGCCUGGGCUGCUACUCGGACGACACCAACCACCGCACCCUCAACACCACCAUCGUCGUCUCGGGCAACACGGUUCAAACCUGCGAGGCCGCCUGCGCCCAGGCCAGCUUCACCUACGCAGGCAUGGAGUUCGGCACGCAAUGCUUCUGCGGGACCGUGAUCAUGAACAACGCUGCCUCUGUCCCUGCGUCGCAGCGUGACAUUGCCUGUCCAGCGGAUGGAUCGUAGAUUUGCGGUGGCUCCAAUGCGCUUAGUUUGUACGUUGUUGUGCCGAUCUG